UUAGGGUUUUCGAGCGAUGGCGAUGAUUCUUCGCAGGCGCUUGAGCGAUUCUCUCCUCCGGCUGCGCCCCCUGUCUCGCGCAUUCUCCGAUUCUACUGCUCCCACCCCCGGCGCUGCGGCGCCAUCGGAUUCACAGCAAGCAGAGGCUCGGCCCGUGCAAUUGGUCCCUCCUUUGCCCGUUGUUCCCGAGAAUUCCUUCUGGACGACGCUGUCUCCAUCCUCGCGCACUGUGUUUCCCAAGGACGUGAAUGAGUACAGCAUUCGGGAUUUUCUCAAGUGUUUCGAGGGCUUUGAUGUCUACCAUGAUAAGUUGGCCCGCAAGUGCAAGACUUUCAAAGACUUUUUGCUGGUCAGGGUCAAGGUUCUCAAGAAGAUGAAAAUGCCUCGCAAUCACAGAAAAACCAUAAUCAAGUUCACGCACCGGUACAGAAUGGGCAUCUGGAAACCAAAACCACUUCCUCGGGCGUCGUAGCGAACUGAGAUGGAAGGAUUUGCAUGCUGCUUUUUGCUGGACAGCAUCCAUUCCUCCCUGGAAGGCUGGGAAAGACGAUCGUAGUCCUCCAACUGGACUGGUUGGCUUUUGUGUAAUCACAACUCAUGUCUGAAGGCGCUGUGACAGUGCAACUUCAAAUAUCCUUUAUGUUUCUCUUUUCAUUUUCUUUCUUUUUCUGUUUCCAGAGUUUUGACAGGCUAAAUGCUUGAAGAGGAGUACCAAUCGAAAACACUCGACUCCUCUGGCCCGAGACAACGACAACCAGAGAGCUCGAGACAUGCUCCACCGGUCAGUCGGACAACGCAAGUAGCUCUUGCGCCAUCUUCUCGUCCAAGGUGCGUCGUUUAUCCCUUUCCUCGUUCGAACUCGCCACUCACAAGCGCGAGCGGAUUGUGACGUCCAGGCUUCCAAAAGCGACUCUUUGGCCCACGAGACAGAGGGACACAGACGUCCCAAGCUCCCAAGUCACGGACGUUGAGACGCGCUGGCAGCGCCAAAGGAUCCGCCAAAUCCUGCUCUGGAAGAAGAGAGAAGGAUCUUUCCGGGAGUACUUCUCGGGCCCAGGAGAGAGACACGGCAGCCUUAUAAAACUAGUUGUGGACGCAUCCAGCGGGCGAGAGGAGGAGGAGGAAUACUUACAUGAGAAGAAGUGCUGGAGCUGCCGCGCUACCCGUGACCCAGUCGUGGCGUAUCUUUUGGUGGUAUUCCGCGACACGGGUGGUAUAGUCCUGCUCGAAAAUGCCUAAGCUUUUGCAGAUUCGUUGGCUUGCUGUCACAGUACUGGACGAAGACGUACGUGUGUAUAUGUGCUCCUUCACGUGAAUUCUUUUUUAUCUUUUUCUUCUUGAGUGGUGAGAAGUCGUGGGGUGAUUUUGUCUGGAUGAAUUUUUGAGGUUCUUCCAGCUUUUGAUAAAGAAUGGAAACUUGGGAAAGGUUUUUGAGGUU